AUGGCGAGCUCUUCGCACCUCAUCGCCCUCUUUGUCAAGCUGGCCGCCGCCUCCGUCACCGGCGCGAUGGCCCUCCUCGCCUUCCGGCGCCACCUCCGCGACGAGGCCCUCUCAGCCCUCCGCCGCGACAUCCGCAUAUCCCUCCUGCGCAUGCGUGCCGACGUGCCGGAGGGCGGCACAGGCUGCCGUGCCGCCCCCGCGGCCGUCGUGCUAGGCUUCCCCUCCCACGGCAAGAGCUCCUUCGUGAACACCGCCUGGCGGGCCCUCGCCGGAGAAGAAGGGCCCUUCCUGGCCCGCGCCGAGACGGGGCCAUCGUCCCCUGUAAUCUCUGCCCGGCGCGUCUUCCGCGUGGCGGUGGUGGACCCAGACGCCGGCUGGCUCAGUACAAUCAGGGAAGGGGAGAGGGAAGCGGACGACAAUGGGGCGGCGGCUCUGGACCUGGUGGACUCGCCGGGCUUGCCUGAGGCCGAGAAGCUGACGCGCGCCGACGUGGAAGCGGCACUCUCUCUCGCGAGCCCCUCGCCGGAGUGCAUCCUUCUGGUUCUGCGCUGCUCAGGCCCGCAGAGGACCAACCUCAGGAGGCUGCAGGACAUAGCCGCCGUCAUCCGAGAACGAGGUGAACGCGCCGGUUCUCUCUCUUCUCCUUCUCAAUCUCAAUCUUACCAUGGAUGAGCAGAUCGACCUCACUGUGAGUGGCCCCGGGUUAGGGCUCCACCUGGUGGUGGUGUUGACCCAUAGGAACUCUCUGAGGAGUGCAAAGCAGUCGGAGGAGCUGAGGAGGGAGGUCGCCCUUCGCGCGAAGACGGACAGCGUGUACCUGAUCGAGAACUAUACGGCCACCGCCUUCAAGGACAGCUUCAGCACCCACUGCAAUGCCCUGGCUGUCAUCAGGCAGUGCGUCGAAUUCGCCGCCAUGCACCGGCAGCACCGCGCCUCCGCCGCCCAGAAAUCGUCGCCACCGUCGACCCUCGGAGCCCAGAAAUCGGUCUUCGAAUGA